AUGAAGAUGAAGAUCCACGGGGUCAUCUUAUUCCUUCUCUUCUGUGAAUUUCAUGGUCAACCAUAUCCUGAUGCAUCUCAGGACAGUGACCAAGAAACGAAAACCAUAAAGAUUGGUCUUAUUCUGGACUUGAAAUCAUGGGUGGGGAAGGUUGUUAACAGCUGCAUUACAAUGGCAAUUUCAGACUUUUACAUGCUCAAUGGACAGUAUAAAACGAGGAUUGCUCUUGAAACAAGAGAUUUGAGAGGAGAACCGCUGAAUUCUUUAGCUGCUGCUUUUGAUCUUCUGGAAAAUGCUGAAACGCAGGCGAUCAUAUUCCCAGAAAUGUCAAGUGAACAGACCUUCUUGGCGACACUAUGUGACAGAGCUAAUGAGCAUUCCAAUGGAGGACUGUUGUACUUAUCUACGAGGACACUGCAGAUACCAGACAAAUUCUAUCUCAUCUACACGACGCCUUUCGUGAUAAUGAUGUGGAUGCCGUAA